AUGCCUUUCUCGGCAGCAGAGUCAAAACUAGUGUCCAUAUUCGUCCAGUCUGUCCUCUAUGGAAACUAUAUGACGCUGUUUUUCACGACGACAAAAGCACUGCUGAGGAGCCGACCAUCCGGGGACCCACUUCGCAGGAACAUGCUCUUCGUGUCUUUUCUGAUGUUUGGGAUCGCGACUACACACGUAGCUACGAAUUUCUCGCGUAUCAUCAUCGCGUUCAUCAACAACGCAGACGCGCCAGGGGGACCCGCAGCGUUCUUCAACGAGAUGUCCAACUUCACGCAGAUGUUUGGAAGCACGCUGUACGUCGCACAGACUCUGCUUGGUGAUGCAAUGGCGCUGUACCGUAGCUGGCUUGUCUGGGAGCGAAAACUGUGGGUCAUUGCAUUCCCAUUCGUCCUUCUUCUGGGGAGCACUGCGACUGGCGUAGGCAUCCUGUACUCCUUCGACAAGGUCGAUCCUGAGGCCUCGAUCUUCGUGGUCCAGCUAGGCCACUGGAUCACCGCCUUCUUCUCCAUGACUUUCGCGACUAACGCCAUCUGCACUGCUUUGGUGGCAUACCGGAUCUGGGCCGUCAACCGAACAUAUCUCUUCUUCAGGUACCGGGAUCUGCGGCCGGUCAUGGUCCUCAUCGUCGAGUCUGGCGCGUGGUACUCGGCGACGCUGCUCGUGCUCCUCAUCCUGUAUAACGUCGACUCGUGGUUCCAGUACGUCGUUCUAGACGCGGUCUCUUCCAUCGUCGGCAUUGUAUUCUCUAUUAUCAUGUUGCGCAUCGCGACGGGGGUUUCAAACGCGGAGGGCGAGACAGCGCUAAUCGAACCUGCCGGUGUCGCCAGCGGCGUCCAACUCUCGAGGAUGUCAUCACGCAGUGAACGAAAAGACACGAUGACCUCCGAAAUGGCUUGA